AUGGUAUACGUGAUUCGUCUUUUGGUCGCUAAUCGUCGCAACUAUCCAAUCGCACUGAUAAGGCGUACAUUUCGAGAAAAGGGACCAUUGUUCACGCAGUACGGUGUAAUGAUGCGUUGCAUUCGUGGCUGUCAUUCCGCCUCAAUAAUAACUCUGCAUUACCUCGAAAAUGGCUCCAUCGUUAUUGCCUUGCAGUUUCGACGUGAAUUGUUUUAUUUACCACUGAUGUAUGUGAUCAAGGCGCUAACAUCGAUGAAUGACCAGUGCAUCAAAGAGCAUAUGACAAGAUGCCGACCCGGUUGUGUGACAGCGAUGUUAGCGUUUUGUAACGAAGAUGGCAUAAUUAAUCAGAAAACAGCACUUGUUGCGAUUGGAGGCAGAUUUCGAGUAGCACUGGAAGAUCGUGUUGGGGAAUGGGAAACUUCUGAGAUGCUACUGGUUUUAUUUUCCUUUCAGGACGUGGGUCGUUUUCUACUCCGUAAUUGUGUGGCAAUUCAUCUGGAUAAAAAUGAAGACAAAUUUUUCUUAUUGGCAUAUAUGGCGCAGAAAUUAUUGGCUCUAGUGAAGGGGGAAUGCGCCAGCGAAUCACCAGACAAUCCACAGUUCCAAGAGGCCAGUGUCUCGGGACAUAUUCUUCUGCUGAUCAUUCGUGAGCGUUUGGAAAAUAUUUUGGGAGCUGCACGAAAGAAAAUCGAUUUCGAAGCAAAGAGAAAAGCUGAGAAAUAUCACUUAACAAGCCAUGAGCUCAUCCGCGCAAUUGGCACUCAUCGCUCGGGUGAAAUCACUCGAGGUCUCGAAUUCUUCCUUGCCACAGGAAAUCUCAUUACAAGGAACGGUUUGACUCUCCAGCAGAACAAUGGAUUUUCGGUUAUUGCAGAAAGAAUCAACCAACUUCGAUUCGUUUCCCAUUUCAGAGCAAUACAUCGGGGAGCGUUUUUCAUGGAGAUGCGCACCACAGACGUGCGUAAAUUGCGCCCGGAAGCUUGGGGCUUUAUAUGCCCAGUGCAUACACCGGAUGGUGCUCCGUGCGGUCUGUUGAAUCACGUCACAGCUAGUACACGCAUUGUUGCGCAUUAUUCAGACACAACUGAACUGGUAAAAUUGAUUGGGGAGCUGGGCAUGGUCGGUCAUUCCGCGAUUACUCUAUUACCAACAGAACCGGUAAAUAUUGCCUUUUUAGCUUUUUUAUGA